CUUGCAUGUUUGAGUUUGGUGAUAAAGACACACUUUUGGAGUCCUGUGAUGAAGAGUUUGGGGGACAACUUGUUGCUUUGUCUCUGAAUGCAGGAAUUAGAACUGGCUGUUCUCAAAGAGAUGAUUUAGCAAAAUUUAGUGAUUAUUUCCCCCUGCUCAUGUUGAAGUGCUGCCCUGCAAUCAUUUAAGAGCUUCUGUGUUCUCACACUAGGCCUACUGCCCUAGCUCAAGGUCUCUGAUGCUUUACCUUCCCUUUUGUUACUUUCACCAUUGUUCUCUCUUCUUAAAUUACUUGUAUUAUUUUCAUGUUUGAUUUUUUUUCCUGCUACCUUUAGAGUGCUUUGCUAACAGGAGUAAAUCAAAGCAGGUCCUCCAAUGAGCAGAUAUAUGUAUGUGAGGUUAUGAAUACUCCAAAUCUUUUUAAACAACAGGCUCUGUGUGAUCAUACUGAAGUGGACUUAGCACUGUCCUGAUGAUUAUUCUUAUCCAUGAUCUUUAGUUUGUUAUGCUCAUAUUCUGGAAUCAGCUGUGCAAUAUUUUUUAAAACAAUCUUUUUAAACUUUAACCUCAGUGUCAUGCUCUUGAAGGAAUUUGUCUGAAGACUUAUCACUCAUUCAAAAAGGCAAAGUACAGAGAAGAUACUAUUUCAGAUACAGGAUUUUGGGAUUCCUAUUCUUGUCUACUACAACCAGUUCUGCAAAGAAAGAGUAAAGAAGACUUAAAAUGGGGAGGGUUAGAAAAGCUGAGAGAACCUUUCUCAUGCUACUUUAGCAGAGUGGAUGUUGUCUGGUGGCCUAAUACCAAUGUUUUUUUCUUCAGGGCAUUUUUGUUGCAGAGGUUUUUAGGUGGGAGAUAACUAAAAGAGAAUGGGAGGCUGCUGAUUGAUUUUCUUGGAAAAAAGAAUCUGGCAUGGGAAAAUGACUGUUUUCCUCUCAAAAAGAAUAGGAAGGUCCAUCUGCCUGUGUGUGCCCACUGCUCCUGGGGAGAUGUCCAACGUUUCCAGCUACGCCCUCCACAUGGCCCGGCUCAGUGCCCAGAUAUUCGGCGACGUGGUCAGGCCCACGGACUCCAAAUCCAUGAAGGUGGUGAAGCUGUUCAGCGAGCAGCCCCUGGCCAAGAGGGACGAGGUGCACAACUGGUACCCCCCUCACAACACCUACUACGCCCUCAUGAAGAAACUCCGCUACUUCGGGCUCUACAGGGAUGAGCAUCAGGACUUCAAGGAGGAGAUGAGGCGAUUGAAAAAGCUCCGUGGGAAAGAAAAACCAAAGAAGGGAGAAGGAAAGAGAGCUCUCAAGAAGAAGUAGUGCUGCUUGAACAGUGUAACUGACUGCUGUGGAAAUGGUGGGGAAUGGCUGGAGAAGGCUUGGCAUGUGGGCUGUGUGUGGGGCACAAGAAACACGCUGUGAAAUUGUGGACUCCACCUUGGGAAUGCACUUGUGUCUUUGAAGUUCUACUGGUUUUGAAUUUCUGUACUUCAAAUAUACUGUAUCUUGCAGCACAGUAAUAAAAGAAAAAGUGCUCAGUGUUUUUCUUGAAA